CGCCGCCGUCAGCCUCAGCCGAGAAACACCGUCGUUGCCAUCUCCUGCACCACCGCCCCGCGAAUAAUGAAUGGAGAAGGAAACGACUUUUUCCAGGAACUCCGUCUGAUCGUGGCCAUCUUCGCCGUCCUCGCCCCCAACCGUCAUGUCUCCGCCGACGACGCCGCUGUCAUGGUGAGUCUCGCGAAAUCCCUCUCCCCCGUCCCCGCCGGCUGGACGGGGAACGACCCGUGUAAAUGGCCCGGCGUGGAAUGCGACGGCCUGGGCCGCGUCAAGUCCAUCAAUCUCUCUUCCAUGUUCCUCACCGGCCGGUUACCGCCGGAUCUCAACCAGCUCUCCGCCCUGACGUCACUGAAUCUCGAAAUGAACAAACUCUCCGGCGCCUUGCCUCCACUCUCGGAUCUCUCUGCCCUAGAGGAUCUCAACCUCGACGGCAACAAUUUCACCUCCGUAACGCCCAAUUUCCUCGCCGGCGUUACAAAUCUACGGACGAUCUGCAUCAACGACGUCCCCAGCCUCGCGCCGUGGCCGUUCCCGGAGGAAAUCACGGCAUGUUCAUCCCUCGUCAGCUUCUCCUGUACCCGAUGCAAUCUGGUGGGCCCGAUUCCGGACAUUUUCGGGUCAAUUCCAACCCUAGAAACCCUAAAGCUUUCCUACAACAACCUCACCGGCUCCCUGCCGCCGUCUCUCGCUCAGUCCGGGAUCCAGGUCCUAACACUCAACAACCAGCUUUCGGGUCUUUCGGGUCGGGUCGACGUGAUAGGGAAGAUGGAACAGGUGACCCAGAUCUGGCUCCACGUGAACAAAUUCACCGGCCCAAUCCCAGACCUGUCGAGAUCCCAUUUCCUCUCCGAUCUCAAACUCCGAGACAAUCUCCUCACCGGAGUGAUCCCGGACUUCUUCUCGUCACUCCCGAAGCUCACCAACGUCUCGUUGCAGAACAACAUGUUCCAAGGCCCAAUGCCCAAUUUCCCCAGAACCGUUCAUGUGGACAUCGGAAACUCCAACAGCUUCUGUCACCCUGUUCCCAAACCUUGUGAUCCGCAGGUGAAUGUUUUGCUGGAAGUUGCCAAAGAUUUGGGGUACCCUUUGGUUCUGGCAGAUUCUUGGAAAGGGAAUGAUCCCUGUGAGGAUUGGGACUAUGUUGCCUGCGAUGUCACCGGGAAAAUCUCCGUCAUCAAUCUAUCCAAUCAUAACUGGAUUGGGACAAUAUCUCCGGCGUUGGGUAACCUCACCGGUCUCAGAGAACUGAUCUUGCAUGACAAUCAGCUCACCGGCGUCAUCCCUGAAACCCUAACCACCCUGCCUCGCCUCCAGCUUCUUCAUAUCUCAAACAACAAUGUUUCAGGAAAUAUCCCGCCUUUUUCUCGCAACGUGACUGUUAAAACCGAGGGCAACCCAUUUAUCGGGGUGGAAUUGCCCAAGACAUCUCCAUUUGUCCCCGUGUUCCAAAAACCGCAAACUUGGUCCGCCCAAAAGACAGAGGAGAAGAAAAACGAGAAGAACAAGAAGAAAGGCGACUUGUCCCACGGCAUCAUCAUUGCCAUUGCCAUUGCCGGUGCCCUACAAAUUGCAGCCAUUUGUUGGGUCAUACACAACCGUUGCAACAAGAUGAGGAAAUGCAAGUGGUGGGCGAAGGAGAAAGGUAAUAACAGCGGCAAUAAAACCCCCAAAGAGAAGCCGAACACUUAUUAUGAAGGUGGGAAUGUCCUGAUUCCAAUUGAAAUACUAAGGGAAGUGACCAAUAACUUCAGUGACCUUAACGUCUUAGGAAGAGGCGGGUUUGGGGUUGUCUACAGAGGCCAACUCUACGAUGGCACACAAAUUGCUGUCAAGAGGAUGCAGUCUGUUGACAUGUUCAGCUCAAAGGGUGUCAACGAGUUCAAGGCCGAAAUCGAGGUUCUGAGCAAGGUCCGACACAGGCAUUUGGUGGCACUCCAUGGUUUUUGUGUCAACAGGGACGAGAGGCUUUUGGUUUAUGAGUUCAUGCCACAGGGGACUUUGGGCCAGCAUUUGUUCAGGCAUGAAGGAAACCGGCAACCUCUGUCGUGGAAGCAACGAGUGACGAUUGCAUUAGAUGUCGCCAGGGGGGUUGAGUAUCUGCAUGGAUUGGCGCAACAGAGCUUCAUACAUAGAGAUCUCAAGCCUUCUAAUAUUCUUCUUGGAGAUGGGAUGAGAGCUAAGGUUUCCGAUUUCGGCCUGGUAAAGAACGCCCCUGAUGGAUCUUGCUCCUUGGAGACUAAGUUGGCUGGAACAUUUGGCUAUCUUGCACCAGAAUAUGCUGCAACAGGGAGAGUGAGCACAAAAGUGGACGUGUACUCCUUCGGGGUUGUCUUAAUGGAGAUGAUCACGGGCAGAAAGGCGCUAGACGAGAGCUUACCAGAGGAGAGAGUUCAUCUGGUCCCAUGGUUCAGGAGACAACUGGCAAACAGAGAGAAACUAAAGGCCAUCAUCGACCCUUGUCUUGAACCAGACAAAGAAACCUUCGAAAGAAUGUGCAGAGUCGCAGACCUGGCAGGAUACUGCACGGCUCGCGAACCUCACCAGAGACCGGACAUGAACCACGCGGUCAAUAUCUUGUCUCCCAUGGUGGAGGAAUGGGUACCCGUGAGCAGGGAGGAUGAAGAUGACGACGAAGAAGAUAGUUUUGGGGCCGACUUCCGUUUGAGCUUGCCUCAAGCUUUGCAGAGAUGGAAGGCAAGUGAGGAUAGUAGUAGUGUUAGAGCAGAACUUACCCGGGGAAUGGGAAUCUGUUACGGCCAGCUGGGGAAUAAUCUCCCCGUCCCUGCGAAAUCUGUGGAGCUCAUCCAUGGCCUUAAGGCCAAACGGGUCAAGAUCUACGAUGCCAACCCGGAAAUCCUCAAAUCUCUUCAAGAUUCCGACCUCCAUGUCUCCGCCAUGGUCCCCAACGAGCUCAUCCCCAGAAUCUCCUCCGAUCAGAACUUCUCCGACCGGUGGGUUCUCACCAAUAUUGCCCCCUUCUACCCGCGAACCAUGAUCCGGUACCUUCUCGUCGGGAACGAGAUCCUCAGCAACCCGCCCAACACUACCUGGUUCCGGCUCGUCCCCGCCAUGCGCAACAUCCGGCGAUCUCUCCGCAAGUUUCGGCUCCGGAAGGUCAAAGUCGGCACUCCGCUGGCCAUGGACAUGUUGGAGUCUUCCUUCCCGCCGUCCAACGGAACUUUCCGGUCUGACCUCACCGACGGCGUUUUCCGGCCGCUGUUACGCUUCCUGAACGAUUCUAGAUCCUUCUUCUUCUUCGACGUUUACCCGUACUUCGCUUGGGCGGCUCAACCCGAAUCCAUUGAUUUGGACUACAGUCUCUUGAAGCCCACGAAUGUGACCUAUUCGGAUCCGGUUUCGGGUCUGACGUACACUAAUUUACUGGACCAGAUGAUCGAUUCGGUUUACUCCGCCAUGAACCGGCUCGGGUACCCGGAUCUUCCCCUGUUCAUAGCGGAAACGGGUUGGCCCAACGCCGGCGGCGUCGAUCAGAUCGGAGCGAACAUUUACAACGCGGCCACGUACAACCGGAAUAUUGUGAAGAAGUUCAACGCCAAGCCGCCGGUCGGGACGCCGGCGAAGCCGGGAGUGGGGGUGCCGACCAUGAUUUUCGCUCUGUUCAACGAGAACCAGAAGCCGGGGCCGGGAACGGAGCGACAUUUCGGGCUGUUGCACCCGAACGGAAGCAACGUGUACGAGAUCGAUCUGUCCGGGAAGACGCCGGAGUCGGAGUUCAAGCCGCUGCCGAAGCCUCGGAACAACAAGCCGCCGAAAGGGAGGUUCUGGUGCGUGGUGGCGCCGGGGGUGGGGAAUAUGACUGCGGUGGAUGCCGCCAAGUCAUGGGCCUGCGGGCAGGGUAAUGGGCUCUGCGACCAGAUCCAAGAGGGCGGGAAGUGUUAUAGCCCCAAUAAUUUGACCCAAAGUGCAAGCUACGCAUUUAGUGCUUAUUGGGCCAAGUUUAAGAGUGUAGGUGGGACCUGCGACUUCAAUGGCGUUGCCAAAAUGACACGCAAGAACCCAAGCCAUGGGGGGUGCAGGUUUCCAAGUGUGACCUUUCGUUGACAUAUCAAACUUUCAUAUCUGGGAAAAGAGAAGAAAGAAAGCCUACGAGUUCACACACGAGGGAGUCUAGGAACACACUGAUAUCCCACUUACUACUCUAUUAUCCAAGAUUCGAUUUGCAUUCUUUUUGUUUUUGUAUUUUUUUCUCAUUUUGUUGUGUUUUUCUUUUUUUGUUCAAAAUUUUGUGUAUGCCAUGUUGGGUGUGGUCAUGUAUCUUAAAUCAAUUCGUGCUUAUACAAAAACUUGUGUGUUUGUUCAAAUUAGUACAUACAAAAGUCUUUUCUCUUAAUGGUUUUUUCUAAUUAAAGAUCUCCAUUUGA